AUGCUUUCCAGCGCACCCUGGCUGCUCUGCCUCGCUGCAGUCGGCGCAAUAGCACAGGACGACAGCAGCAGCAGCAGCAGCAGCAGUAGUGGAAGUACUUCGAGCGGCAGCAGAUCUUCUACCACGAGCUCAAGCAGUUCGAGCAGCACAACAAGCUAUGAAAAUGGCGACGGACAGACCUCACUGUCAUUCACGAACUCGUGGUCUACGAUAACCGGCGACAUUCCCACGGCCGCCUUCACAGGCUCCGAAUUCACCUACAUCUCGCCCACAGGGCAGAGCACUGUGCAGACACUCACCACCACACUCACCACCAACGGUACCGUCGAAACCGUAACGAGCACGUCAACGAACACACAAAAUUCGCAGAUCACCGCCACAACCAGAUCCGUCUCACUCACCGAGAUUGGUGGCAUCUCAUCGAAUGCCACUGCUUCGAGUACACGCAACGAGACUGCAAGCUCAACGAGUAGCUCCGCACGGCCUACGAAUACUCUGCCUUGCAACGGGUUCCCAGAGUUCUGCAACAGGAAGUACAGCAACAUCACCCAGGUGGUGGCUCACAACUCGGCUUUUGUGGUCAAGAACAAUGCAGCAAGCAAUCAGGCGCUGGCUAUUCAAGAUCAGCUGAACGAUGGUGUUCGCAUGCUGCAAGGAGAAGUCCACUGGGAGAACAACACACUUUGGAACUGCCACACCAGCUGCGACCUCCUCAAUGCGGGCACCUGGCAAUCUGAACUGGAGAUCGCCAAAGAUUGGCUCGAUGCAAACCCAUACGAAGUGCUGUCAUUCCUUAUUGUGAACAGCGAUUUCACGACAGUAGAGAACUUCGUCCCUGCCAUCACCAAUGCGGGACUACUGCCCUACGUCUACGAGCCGCAGUACGUCCCUCAAUACCGUGACCAAUGGCCAACUCUCGGCGAGAUGAUCCUCAAGGGUCAACGCAUGGUGUUCUUCAUGGACUACAACGCGAACCAGACCUCAGUCCCAUACGUCCUGGACGAGUUCACUCACAUCUGGGAGACCCCCUUCUCUCCCACCAACCAGAGCUUCCCCUGCACGCAGCAACGUCCACCAAACCUCAGCGAAGAGGACGCACGGGAGAGGUACAUGUAUCUGGCCAACCAGAACCUUAACACUCAAGUCGAUCUGUCGUCCAUUGGCAUCGAUACUGGAAGUACGGAUCUUCUGAUUCCGAACACCGCAGAGCUCAAUGUCACCAAUGGUCUUGACAAUCAGUACGGUCGCGCGGGAGCUACACUUGACAACUGCACUGCUGACUGGGGACGACCACCAAACUUCCUGCUGGUCGACUACUACAACAUCGGCAGCCCAAUGGCUGGCUCAAUCUUCCACGUUGCAGCAGCAGCUAACAACGUAACAUACACGCUGGACUGCUGUGGCAAGGACCAAUCUGCUGCACCUGUCCUACAAGCCAGCUUUGUUGGUCUUGCGGUUGCUCUGAUUGUGACUGCAUUUCUGGCUUGGUAG